AUGCGCAGUGCGUCCAAUGGGCCGAAUACCGCCAAACGAGCCGGGAUACAGAGGAAGGGAGGAGAAGCGGGUAGGAGGAGGCAGCCGCAGUUUAAAUUAAUGUCAACCUGCCUCCAGUCCGGAGAAGCAGCCGAGAGAGCGACGGAUCCAGAGAGCCGCUGCAGGAGCCAUGACCCGGCGGCCCAGAAACAGUGUUUACAGCAGCGAGGAGGAUGAGGAGGAGGCCGAGAUGUACGAGCACGACUACGACGGCUCUCUGGCCAAGACGGGCAAACGGCACCUCGGUAAAACCCGCUGGACCCGAGAGGAGGACGAGAAGCUGAAGAAACUGGUGGAACUUCACGGUUCUGAAGACUGGAAGCUCAUCGCCAGCCUGCUGACGAACCGGACGGAUGUUCAGUGUCAACACCGGUGGCAGAAAGUUCUGAACCCGGAGCUGAUCAAAGGACCGUGGACCAAAGAGGAGGACCAGAGGGUGAUCGAGCUGGUCCAGAAGUACGGAGCCAAGCGCUGGUCCGUCAUCGCCAAACACCUGAAGGGUCGCAUCGGGAAGCAGUGCCGUGAGCGCUGGCACAACCACCUGAACCCGGAGGUGAAGAAGACGUCGUGGACCGAGGAGGAGGACCAGAUCAUCUACCAGGCCCACGAGAAGCUGGGGAACCGCUGGGCCGAGAUCGCCAAGCUGCUGCCCGGCAGGACUGAUAACGCCAUCAAGAACCACUGGAACUCCACCAUGAGGAGGAAGGUGGAGCAGGAAGGCUACCUGCAGAACUCGUCCAAGAACGCCGGCUCCUCGCUCUCCAUUGGCCACGGCUACGUCAAGACGGCCAAUCACGUCAUGGGCUUCCCCCACCACUCGCCCAAUCAGCUCCCUCCGCUGUCGCCGCUCAACUACAACUUCAUGUCGGACAGAGUGCCGUUCCCCAUGGCGUUACACCUGAACAUCCUGAACUUCUCCAACAUCCCUCACCCCGGCACCGCUGCUAUCCAGAGACACUAUGGAGACGAGGACCCGGAGAAGGAGCAGAGGGUGAAGGAGAUCGAGCUGCUGCUGAUGUCCACGGAGAACGAGCUGCGAGGCCAGCCAGCGCUGCCCAUGAACCUUCCCUUCCAGAGCUGGACCAGCCAUGGUUCUGUGGGUUCUGAUGGACCGGUUUUGUCUCUACCUCACCACCAGACAGCCGCGCCGUCGCUGCCGCUGGACCAGAGCUGCCUGCCGGAGGAGAGCGCCUCGGCGACACGUGCCCACGGCAACAGCAGCGGGGGCGGCAACAGUAACCAUAGCAACAACAGCUCAACACAGUUCUCCAACCAGAUGCCAGAGUUCAUGGAGUCCGUCAUCGACUCGUUCCUGAACCAGUCGAUGAGCCCCGAACACUCGGACAGUGACAGCGUCCCGAUGACUUCUCCGGUCGACUCCAAACCUCUGAUGGACUCAGUUCGGUCUCAGAAGGAGAACGAAAUGUUCAGGACUCCGAACAUCCGCCGGUCAAUCCUGGAGUCGACUCCUCGGACGCCGACGCCCUUCAGGUCGUCGCUGGCGCUGCAGGAGGACAAGUACGGACCUCUGAAGCUGCAGAACACUCCUCUUGAGCAGCAGAUGGUUGAGUCCAUCAAACAGGAGCCCAUGGAAUGUUCCAUCGAUCAGCCGCCUCUGAAGAAGAUCAAGCAGGAGGCCGAGUCUCCCUGUGAGAGGAGUCCCUGCAUGCAGUGGGAAGGUCAGGAUCUCCACACUCAGCUCUUCUCGCCCAACAGACCGCCUCAGGAAGUUCCUGACCUGCUAACGAGCUCGUUACUGACUGAGGACGGCCUUAAAUACCACCUCCCUCACAGAGGAGUGAGCAGCCCCAUACAGCUGAGCUCCUGGGAACAGGCGACCUGCGGGAAAACUGAGGAUCACCUUUUGGCGUCGGAGCAGAAGUACAUCAACACUUAUCCAACCAGGACGCUGGUCAUGUAGGCGGAGCCUGGGCGGACGCUGGGGAUGUGGGCGGGGCCUGGGCGGACCGUCUUAUUUGUUGUGGUACAACAGUUUGGGAGAGGCUUCGUGCCGAUCGGUGUUUUUACACUCACACUCGUUGGGAUUUCAACCAACCAAAGACUCUGUUUUUUACGAAUCUUUUAUAUUCGCUUUGGGUUUUUAUGAACGUACUCCUGGUCUGUGUUUUUACUGUUGUAUUAUAAAAUGGGAAACGGUGAUUGUGUUUGCAUCGGGCUGUAUUUUUAAUUACAAAUUUUGACAUUAAUAUAAAGAACAAGUUGAUUAAUUUAUUGUUUUUUGUCGGCCGACGGAGCAGUGUUGUUUAAAGUAUUUAAGCCCUUCUAGCAUUACCACUCGGCAUGUUAAGGAUUUCAAACUGACCUCUGGAUUUCACUUCCUGUUCGCUUUUCACGGGUCUGCUGAGAAUUUCAAGUGUUUGACGAGUAUUAGCGCGUCGCCAGCUUUAUUUCACGAGGACUAAAUUCAUUUCAACGCCUGGUGUAUUUGUGGGACGAGAACAAACUGAUCCUAGAGUUUAUUUAUGAGCUUCACCCAGUGGGAGUGGCACCAAGCCAAUCAAUCCUCCGUCAGAAACACUCACUUUUAUUUGUGCUGCAGAGAAAACGCCCAGCGGAACCUUUUCUACGUUUUUUACAGCCGGUCGGCGUCCAACACUGAGCAGUUCAUGUUUUUAUGCCUGUUUUUGAUACUAGCUUUGAGCAGAGAUUGUUUUCAUAAACGCCUUUUUACAUGCCAAGUUUUCAUGUUUUUAUACUUUUCUAAACUGCCUAGUAAAUAAAGUGUGCUGUUUUUAUUACGA